CAGCAUCUGAAAUGUUCUAAUUAAAGCUCCUUGCUCCAGUUCUUUGAUCUUUCAUGAGGUCAACAGUAAGAGCUUUAUCGUGGACAGGUAAGGGACAUCGUGAGAUUCCUGUGCCAAAGGAACUAUGAUAGGAAGCAUACGGCCUCCUUCCUUCCUUCCUGAAUUCAGACAGCACUUAUCAUGGCCAAUGCUGACGCACUUCCGGCUGAAGAGUCCCUACCAGUUAGACCCUUUUGGAUCCAGCCUUGACCUUUGAGCAACAGGCUCGUUAUUUUUCCCCUUCGGCCAGCCAAGACAUCUCUGCCUCAGGAGUAGCUUUAUACAAGGAAUGCCACAGUUGUAGCCUUUGUCCUGAAUACAUCUGUGUUUGGUGCCUCUUGGAGCAGCGACUCCAGCUGCAGCUCACGCCUUCAAACUCUUGGGGAAAAUAUGUGACCUGUAUGACAACUUUCAGGCAAGAUGUUCUGCACUCAAACAUCCUGAAUGUCGUCAAAACUGUAGAAAAGAAAAUGUGCAUCUUUCCAAGAACUUCUGAACGGGCUUUUGCCUCACAUGUCCUCAAGGCUUUUCCUGUAGCUUGUGCACCUUUUCCUGCCACAUAACUUUUCAUAAAUAUGCUUGGAUACAAAACUAAACACUAGGCUUCCUUAGUGAUGACCUUUGAAGGUUUGCUUGACCACUGUGAAGUCAUGACAUUUAUGUAUUAAUAAUAAAAACGUUAUUGGUCUUAUGGCAUGUUGUAAUUUUUCUGAGGAACUGUCAUUAGCUAUAAGCAAUAAUCAUUACAAAAGGUUUUCCUCUGUGUGUAGUGAUGUUUAUACGAGUAUCACAUUUUUAAAUGAAUUACUGGAAUAAAUGAACUUUUUAACAAAAAUGAUAAAACACAGUUUUUGCAAAUACAAAGUGAUAUGCUGUGCAAAGCUAAUUCAUUUCCAGACAAAACAGCUUUAUAGGGCAGGAUUUUGCUCAUAGGAGGUGGAAGAUUUUACAUGUGCAGAAUAAUAACGUUAAACCCUAAUAAAACUUGGAAAUACAUAAUUAGAAGCCGCGGCGUUUAGUAAAACGGUUCAAGUAAAGCAGCAGCUAAUCGGUUUGAGACGCGGCUCACGCGCUGCGUGUAGUGAUUAGGGCGCAUUGCUGUGUAAUCACUGAUGAAGUUGUGAGGCAGACCGCGUUCCCCCUCUCUCUCUCUCACACACACACACAAACCGGCGAGGAGAGGGAGAGAGAGCCGCGGCAGAGGAGAGAGGAGAGAGGAGAGGCGAGGCGGCGGAGGCGCUACGGUCACUUUCUCACAGGCUCCAGCCGAGCCUGUGUGGUCUCUCCCCCGCGCUGUUGCUAAGGAAAUGGAUGGCUUGAAUGGAUCGGUGGUCCGGACCGAACCGUCCUCCUCGCCCCCUCUACUCAGCAGCCUGCCGCGUUUCAGUGCGUGUUUACGGGAAUUACUGCUAAAAACGUGACGCGUCGGCUCCAGCUCUGCACCAGCCGAGUCCAGUGGAGCUGCAGCUGGAGAAGGGAGGUUAAGAAAGGCAGCCAGGCAGAGGGGUCGACGAGUCUGGCUGGCGCCGAGUGGAUGCUGCCUACAGAGGACAGCGGCUGAGGCAGCGGCACUGACUCAAAGAGGAGCAUGGCAUCCACCGGCAUGCAGAUAUUUGGAUUUGUCCUGGCGUUACUGGGCAUCAUGGGGGCCACUGUGGCCACCCUGCUGCCCAACUGGAAGGUCAGCGCGGAUGUGGGCUCCAACAUCAUCACGGCCAUCUCCCAGAUGCAGGGGCUGUGGAUGGACUGCACCUGGUACAGCACAGGCAUGUUCAGCUGCACGCUCAAGUAUUCGGUGCUUUCGCUUCCUGCAUACCUGCAGACUGCCCGCACCACCAUGGUGCUCUGCUGCGUGCUGGCUGCCAUGGGCCUUUGCCUCGCUUCCCUGGGACUGAAAUGCACGCGUUGGGGAGGCGGACGGCGCUCCAAGCGGCAGGCCGCCAUCGCCAGCGGGGGCUGCUUCGUGACCGCCGGCUUCCUUUGUCUGGUGCCCGCUUCCUGGUUCACCAAGGAGGUCAUCACAAACUUCUUGGACUCUAGCGUGCCCGAGAGCAAUAAAUUUGAGCCCGGCGGGGCUGUGUACGUCGCCUUCGUUUCGGCGGGGUUCCUUUUUGUGGGGGGGUCCAUAUUCUGCAUGUCCUGCCCGGGGAAGAGGCACGGCGCCCAGGACCUGGUUCUGCUUCCUCCGCCGGACAAGCUGCUGCUCCAGCAGCAGCAGCAGCAGCUGCUCCAGCAGCAGCAGGAGCUCCAGCACCAGUACUGCUCCCUCUCCCCCCUGGACAACAAGACUGGCUACAGCCUGCAGGACUACGUGUAAUAAAAGCAGCGGCGACAGGGAAGGCAAAGCCUGCGGGAGAAAACCCCUCACAGUCAAAGCUCUACUCCAAACUGAGGUGGGGACGCAACGUGGAGAGUAGCAACUUUGAAUUCAAUUUUGUCUCCUUUUUAGUCUGUUUUGCAAGCACAAGCGGUGGAGGUAUUUCCUUGAGCAGCGACUUUGAACGAAACAGCGCAAACGUGCAAGGAGGCAGGAUUCCUGCUGCAGAGUGGAAGGAAGCUCCCAACCAAAUGCAGAUUCUCCAUCAGUAAAUCACAGAAAGAGCUCCCUGGGGAAUGGAUUACGCAAAGAAGGAAGCCGUCGGUGUAGAUUUUCCCCCUGCUCACCAAAGCUAUGAAUAGAAAGAAAAUAAAGCAAUCAUUUAGCUGCUAUUUACAAUCGUUCAUAUCGAUACCGCCCUUUAUUGGACUAAAUAGGCAAUAUAAUAGCUGAGAGCAGAAAGUAAAACCCCUUCCAUAGCAAGCCAUUUUAUUUUUUGGCAUACAUAUCUGCUAGAAUGCAACCUUAAAUUGAUUGAAAAAAAAAAAAAAAAAAAAAGGUGAUAUUUUUGUUAGCUGCUAGAAGGAUGUUGAUAUUUUUGCCUCUGAAGCAUGCCGUGUGGAGCCUGUCUGCGCAUUAAUAGAUUGGAAUGCCUGGUAGAACGACUGAACCACACAAUGCCUGUGCCUGAAAACAAAGCUGUAGAAACAUUAACCCCACUGGAAGUUUUCAAAGAGGACUGUCGGGAGGAGAGGAUGCGGGGCUGCUGGGCAGCAUCUAACAAAAGCAGACGCGGGGCAAACGGAUACGCGCCCGCGUCUCACUCUGCAGGUGGAAAGAUGAGAGAAGGGGAGAGAAAUUUAGCAGGGAAAGACAUUGAAUGGAGUGGACGUUUUCAUAUCCCCCCCCCCCCCCCCCCAUCCAGACACAAUCAACCUGAGUGUAAGUUGCAGCCUUCCACAAACAAUCCAUCGUAGACGUUUACACCCACAUCUUGCACGCUUUUUGUGCGCCUUGCUUUUGUGCACAGUAAACAUUCAGAGGCUUUUUGCAUGUGCUUUUCACUCUCGUCGCCCGCCUCUUCACUGCCAUGGAGACAGCUUUCCCGUUUAAACAUCUUUAUCAUCCGUCAGUCACAGAAGCUCUUUCAGAAGGGGCAUCCUUUCAUGCCGUCAAACCUCCUCCCCUUCGCUUACAGUUUCUUCAGACGCAUCUCUGGUUAAAGCUUUUAGAAGCUUUUAGUUCUUCCCUGCAACCAUUUUUUCCCCCACCAUUUCCUCAUCAUUUAAGCCGACAUUUAUUGGUCCAGCAUGGCAGGAGCUAGAUUGGAGGAGAAGAAGAAGAAGAAACGAGAGGCUCCUUGAGUCAAGUGGAUAGCCGCCUGGUAGACGACUAAAAAAGCUUUGAGUCAUUCCCCAUAUGUGACUUGUUUUCCAAGUGCGUCAGCAGCAGUGCGCAUAUGUUACCAGCCUUCACCUGCAGAAUCUCUCGGUCUUAAAUUGCAUCCGCUUCACCAUCCCGCCGGCCCCACCAUUCCUCGCGUCCCCUACCAGUCGCUCCUGUUCUUCUGCCUCUCCAACUCAUUCGCCCUGGCCUGUUUGUGUCAGCCGUCACAUGGAUGUGAUCCCUGACGAGAGAACACUGAUGCAUGCUGAAAGCGUGUCCUCCUCAAACGCGCAUCCACACCAGGCACAAAUAAACAGAACUCUUCUCCCCCCCCCCCCC